GCAGUGUUAAGUGGGUAUUGAAAACGUUACCCGCAAUUAUAUUAGACAAAAAUACUCUUGAUGAACAAAAGAACGCCACUCAGUCUUCUGCCAGCACGGGUUUACUACUGUACUCUGAGACCGCCCUAAACCCACCGACGACACACAGCUUCCUUGUAAGCUACACAUUCAAAUUGAUCACUGGCUCCGUACCUUCCACCACGCUGACACAGGCAAGGUCAGCGACUAAGGACCACAAGGAUACACUGCUUGCUAAGCUAAGAGACUAUUAAGAAGGGCCUAAGAUGCCACCACCUGCAGGAGGUCCCGCAACUAUCACUCCACCUGAUGGGGAAUGGGGUUGGGCUGUGGUUUUUGGAGCUUUCAUCUCUAUUGGAUUCUCCUAUGCAUUCCCGAAAGCCAUCACAGUGUUCUUCAAAGAGAUACAAGAGAUCUUCCACACUUCGUACAGCCAGAUAGCAUGGAUAUCUUCUAUCAUGUUAGCCGUCAUGUAUGCAGGCGGUCCCAUAAGCAGCAUCCUAGUAAACAAAUAUGGCAGUCGACCCAUAAUGAUCAUGGGGGGCUUCCUGUGUUCCAUAGGAAUGAUUUCAGCAUCCUUCUGCAACAGUGUUGCGCAGCUUUACUUUUGUGUCGGAGUCAUAGGAGGUUUCGGUUUGGCCUUCAAUCUGCAGCCAUCCCUCACUAUGAUUGGAAAGUAUUUCUUCAAGAAGCGUCCGAUUGCCAAUGGCCUAGCUAUGGCUGGAAGCCCGGUGUUCCUGAGCACUCUGGCCCCCCUCAACCAGUACCUGUUCAACCGCUUUGGCUGGAGAGGAAGUUUCCUCAUUCUCGGUGGGAUUCUAUUGAACUGCUGUGUGGCUGGGUCCUUGAUGAGGCCCUUAAGACCAAAACCUGCCCCUCAAACCAAAAAAGAUGUGGAGUCUGAAGCUGGAGACCCUCUCCUGCAUAAAAAGCAUGAUUCAAAGAAAUUAACAGCGUGGGAGACCUUUAAUACAUACUUGGACCUGUCUCUUUUCAAACACAGGGGAUUUCUCAUUUAUUUGUCAGGAAACGUCAUAAUGUUUUUAGGCUUCUUUGCUCCCAUUGUGUUCCUGGCUCCCUACGCCAAACACAAGGGCAUCGACGAAUACUCAGCAGCCUUUCUGCUUUCCAUCCUUGCUUUUGUAGACAUGUUCGCCAGGCCUUCCAUGGGGCUGUUGGCAAACUCUAAAUGGAUAAGGCCAAAGAUCCAAUACUUUUUUAGCUUUGCAGUAUUGUACAAUGGUAUCUGCCAUGUGCUGUGCCCAUUGGCAGAGACUUAUACAGGCCUGGUAGUCUAUGCAGUCUUCUUUGGCUUUGCUUUUGGAAUGGUCAGCUCCGUCCUCUUUGAAACGCUGAUGGACAUUGUUGGUGCUCAGAGGUUCUCCAGCGCUGUAGGUCUGGUUACAAUCAUAGAGUGCUGCCCAGUGCUCAUUGGACCACCGUUAGGAGGUUGGAUGGUGGACGUGACUAAAGACUACAAGUACAUGUAUUUUUGCUGUGGAGUCAUUGUUAUAAUUGCAAGUAUUUGGUUAUUUAUUGGGAAUGCCAUCAACUACAGACUGCUUGACAAGGAGCGCAAACGAGAGGAAGAGAAGAAAAGUGCAGCAAUCAACAGUUCUAGUCAGAAAGAGGCGGAAGCAGCUUUAGACAACACCCCUGAAAAUCUGUCAGUCAAUGCUGAAAAGACAUCGGAGGAUUCAACUGAAAGAGAAACAAAUAUUUAAAAUGUGCCCUUUUUAAAAUUACAGCUAUACAUUUGAAAAACACAACUUCUGUAAUUAUGUUCAGGUUUGAGCAGUAUUGAGGCAUACUGGCUCCACAUUAUUAAAUGUUGCUGCCAAAGUAACAGCUCUGCCUGUUAUUCAUUUAAUAUUACGUAAAACUGUACAUAUUAUUUCAACCAAUGAUCAAGUCAAAUGAAUUCAUAUGAAGCCAUAUAAUAAACAGCUACUCAAUGAUGUGUAUAAAAUUGGCCAUACACUUAGAUCUGUAUGGUUGCUACCCUGUCCCUGGCACUGUAUUGGUAUUUAAAAAAUAAGUAGAAACAGGGUUAUUUUUUCAGAAAGGGGAAUUAUUCAUGUUAAGUUACUAGGCCUGCGGGGGCUCCCGAGUGGCGCAUCCAGUAAAGGCACUCUGCGUGGAGUGCAGGAUGCACCUUAUAGUCUGGAGGUCACCGGUUCAAGUCCAGGCUAUUCCACUGCCAGCUGUGGACAGCAAAACUGACUAAAACUGAAUCAAUGUCACAUAUUGUAUCCCAGUCCUGGUCUUGGUACUUCCGAUGGAAUGAUGAUAACCAUCCUUAUUUUACUGCAUUAACCAUUUAACAUUAUAAACCUGUUGAAUAACACUGAGGAGUUGUUACCAUGGUCACUGGGUUAAUAAAGGGAUUCAUUCAUCCCCUUAAAACUGAUGUCAAAUUAACAUUUAGUGCAAUCUUUAGAUUUUCUUCCACCAAAUACCAAAUUGUUAUUAAAAUCAAGGAGACUUGAGUAAUACAUCACUAAUGUCAUAUGUUUGGUCAUAAAAAAGCCUAUUUGCAGUCCUAGGAGCUUAUUAUUUUAUUUUUAUUUUUUUUAAUUUUGAAUUGGCAAUUGUAUUUUAUCCCAUUGUCUCCCCAAUUUGAAAUGCCCAAUUUGUAAGUCUGGCUCACGGCUGCAACCCCUGCGCUGACUUGGGUUAGAUGAAGAUGAACACAUGCGUCCUCCGAAACGUGUGCCAUCAGCCGUCUGCUUCUUUUCACACUGCAGCCCCACCGUGCAGCCACCUCAGAGCUAUAGCAUCGGAGGACCACGCAGCUCUAGGCCGCUUGCAGGCAGGCCUGCAGGCACCCGUCCAGUCUACAGGGGUCGCUGGUGCGCGGUGAGCCGAGGACACCCUGGCCGACCUAAGCCCUCCCAACUCCGGGCGGCGCUCGGCCAGUUGUGCGCUGCCCCCUGGGAACUCCAAGACCAAAAUCAUAUACAGUGUAAAAAAAAAAUGUUUAUUACUUUGUGACAAAAAGAAAAUCAUGUUGAACAAUGUAGUUAAUAUGCGGAUUCAGAGGAAAUGUUCAUUCUUGAGAGUAGUUGUUUAAUAUUAACUUUCACCAAUGAUGCAUUGCCUUAAAUUCUGAAAUGCAACUCAGAACUCUUUUUAUUAUACUCUAGUUAACAGGAGAUCUUGAAUCAAAUCCCCCUUUUAAUGAUAUAUAAAAUAAAUUAUGACAUAUUUUUCCUAGUAUUUUUGUAUUACUUAUACAGCAGUAUAUCAUUUAAUCAAAAUGUAUGCAAUGUGGUGUAUCAUUUCGUAAAUACCAUUGGUUGAUAUGUUUAAAUGAUGGAACUGAAUUAGAUAGUGGUGCAUGUGUUUAUAAAGUAUAGCGGUCUUUACUCUCAGUACAGGGCUAUACAGCUGUGCCAAUCCAACGCAGCAGAAUGAAUGUUAAUGCUCACUCCAGUUCUCAUUUGCAGAAUUGUAAAUAGAAUCAAUUACAGUAUUCCCUUCAUAAAAUCAAUCAAUGUGUCUACCAAUAUACAAAAACUUUGAUAAAUGCAGUACAACACUGUUCUUCCAUCUACUGUUCAAAGCUUUUAUUUUCUGUGGUUAAGUUAUGGUAUUGGUAUCAUUCUGUAACUCCACCUGCAACUCCACUUUAAGUGUAUUUAUCCAGCUGCAAAUUAUUUGCAAAGGUUCAUGAAGCAAUCGGUGUUAAUAUGAAUACAUAUUUUUAUCAUUGUAAGUUAUGUAUAAUUGGAAUAAGCUAUUAACUAUAUUCUUUUGAGGAUCAUGUGACCUUACCGCUGGGAUGGCUGCUUGCUGAUAUAGCUCCUGUCGCCACUUCACUAUUUCAUUUAUAAUUGAACAACUUAUGCUCUGAUCGACAACGACUUCGCUCCGGUCAUCGUACAGGGGCAAAAGCUCUCUUUUUAUGUGGAUUACUCUGCUGUCACCGCCGUGAAGAGGAGGGCCUUUGGUGAAGUGAGAGCGAAGCUUCACACCCAGGGAGUGGACAGUUUCUUGGUGUGUCCAGCUGUUUUGAAGAUUAAUCAUGUCUUUCACUACUCCUGAAGAGGUCAAUUUUUUUCUUUGCUCAACGUCUUCAGGAUACGACGGGGGUUAUUGAUCCCUCUGCACGCAGGGCCCUGCGUUUCACAACCCUUAGCCCAAAUGGAACAUCGGUAUCAAUGGACUAACUUAGCCACUGCUAAUACAAUGACAGCAUGGGAUACUGCUGCCGAUAAAGAAGCACAGUUGUUCGAGUAAGAUCAAGUGCAUAUUAUGGCAUUUCCCCCUAGGAUAACUUUCAUCCAAUUAAUUAAGGUAUAUUCUUUCUUUGAUAUUUUAGUUUGAAUAUUGUAUCUUGUUGUAAUAUUCUUGUUUUUGUCUUGAUAUUAUGUUGUAUUUCUCAAUCAGUCAAUUUUUAUUUUAUAUAGCGCUUUUCAUCGUGGACCACCAUCACAAAGCACUUUUUGUGAUAUUGUUGUGAUAGGUACUGUUGUGAUAUUUUUUUGAUCUGUAUGGUCUCCCCCAUUUCCCUCUUCCCAAGGGUGGGGAAAAGAAAGGAAAAUUAAUAAAAAUAAUUGUUCACAAAAAACUAUAUUCUUGUAAGGGGGGCUUCUCGAGUGGCACAUCCGGUAAAAGCGUCCUAUAGUUUGGAGAUCGCCGAUUUGAAUCCAAGCUAUGCCACUGUCGACCAUGGACGGGAGUUCCAAAGGGGCAGCGCACUACUGGCCAAGCACUGCCCAGGCGGGGUUAGGUCGGCUGGGGAGUCCUUGGCUUACCACACACCAGCGACCCCUGUGGCUGGCCGGGCGCCUGCAGGCCAGCCUGUACGCAAUUCAGAACGGCGUGGUCCUCCGACACUAAGUUUGGGAUAUGGCUGCAUGGCGGGCUUGCAGAGUGAAAAAAAGCGGACGUCUGAUGGCACUCAUUUCAGAGGAUGUGAGUGCUCGUCUUCGUCUCUCCCGAGUUAGUUCAGGGGUAGCGGUAAGCCAGGUUGAAUAAUAAUUGGACAUUCCAAAAUUGGGAGAAAAUUGGAAAAUGAAUAAAAAUAAAUGUUAAAAAAAACAAAAAAAAAACUAUAUUCUUUUAAAACACUGUUACACUGUCAUCUGUGUUCAACUAACACCAUAUUUUCUUUUCCCCUUUAUAUUGUAAUGCAAAUACAAUAUAAAUAAAUAUGUAGCCGAAUGUUGAAUAUAUGGUUAAUUUGCUCUAAAUGUGAUAUGUUUUGUAAAUCACAUUUAGAAAGUGAUUAUACAAACCGUGCCAUAUAAAGGAGAAAAAUACCCACACACAAUUAUUUUCUCUUUUAUUUAUCUUGUGUUUUGUUUUGUUUUUUUCUGUUAAAAUAACUUGAAUCUUGUAGAAGGAAUGUUAAAGGUUCACACAUGCAUUUUGAGAAAUAGUGCUGUGGCAAUGACCAGUCAACUCUCCAGUAACUGCCAAAUUUGUGCUUUCUCUGUACCUUCCUACUAAUAUCUAGUAGUAUAUAGUUUACCGUAUUCCUUCAAAUGUACCACCCUCAAUUUGAGGAAAAAGAAAAACAUCAAAUAAAUUACGCUUUUGUAUGGUACAAAACUGACACGAAUCAGUGUUGUUGUAGAUUAACCACAGAGCACACAGUUUAUCGUGCUGCACAUUGUACAAUACUUAAGAUAGCGUCUCUGUUGUACACACACCACCACUCACUUACGGCAUCGCACAUCCUGGCAACAGUAAGCACGACACAACACUCCACGGCAUCAGGCAACAUGUAACCCAGCAACCACAACAGCACACUGAACUGUGGUAUUGCUUAGCAUGCUGAAAAAAAUACGGGGGUCUGAUCAUUACAAUUUAAGCAUUUCUAACAGUUACUUAAUGCACCCACUAUAUGGAUAAGUACAAUAAGUGCAUCUCCGCACAACCAAAAAAAAAGUCAUAAAUAAGUGGUUACAUCAAAAAGUCAUAAUUAAACAAUCUGACAACACAUCGCCUUUUUAUCACAUUCCCAAACAUUUAUUUUCCUUGGAAUUCUCUGUCUCUUAAACUGCUGAAUGUCUUUUUUAUUAAAAAUAUUCCAAGCACUAGAAAUGUUAGCCCGCUUUGAAAUUCCCACACUAGAAGCCAGUGAAUUAUUCAUCGGAGACCAAGAAAACAAAAGCACAACAAAGCAAACUGCCUUCGAUAUAAACCUGGUGGAAACAUACCACGACAAGAGUUAAAAUAGAUGCUGACUGACAGCGAUUCAUUUGUGAUGUUUUACUGUG